AUGGCCUCGGCGAAUAAUGAACUCAGCGCCUCCUCGACAAGCACAACGCAUCGUCGACCGACCGACCGACGGCAGUCAUCCGCCUCGGCAGAGGUGACGGCAGCGGCGGCGGCGGCGGCUGCGAGUGUGAACUCUCGUCGGGAACUCAUGGAUGCUGCUGCUGCUGCAGCUACUCGCCUGCAGCUGCAUCAGCUGCACGCGAAUCGAUACACGUACGCCGGCCCCCCGAUGACCUCCUCACCCCCGCCUCGCGGAUCCAGUCGCGGACCACCUGGUCCAGCGGCGCAUAACAUUACGGUUCUAUCUCUUCCAUUCCCUCAGGUCAUAAAAUUAGCACUCUAG